AUGGAAGAGCUGAAAACAGAAGUCAUGGAUUUUUUUGUUUCUUUUUUUCUGAAUAAAGAAUCUCUCCUUGGAGAUAGCGGCCAAACAAAACGAAAACUAGCAAGGCACAUGUUAAAAUUAAAGUCUGUGCAAUCAAUAAUUUUAAACACAAUAUUAAAGCUCUACCCAAUUAUAACAGAUGAAGUUGUGAAAGAGAAAUUUGGCUACCUUCCAAAUAAAGAAGCAUCUCCAAAUGCCAAGGAAAAUAAAUUUUCUGUAUUAGAAUAUGAUUACGCAUACUCAGCUUCUAAUGAUGCCAGAAAGUUUCUUGGGCUUUACAAAAAUUUGAAUGAAAAACUGUGUAUAAUUAAGGAUAUAUUUUCUGAAUAUACCAAGCAGGAAUUAGAGAAUAUGGACGAAGAGAUUAUUCCGAAUACUCAAACAGCAGAAGAAAGCGAAAAGCUUGUUAAGCAUUUAAGCAAAAUGUCAGAAUAUGAGCCUCCUUUUUUCUUAGAUAUCAGGGAUAUAUCAACUGAAUCCUGAAGUAAUCAUUUAGAAGCAGAAUCUCUUUUGAAGGAAGAAAUGAAAGCAUUUGAGAAAAGAUAUGAAGAAAUGGUAAGGAAAAAUUUUUAUAAGCUAAGUUGGGUUAAAGAAAAAUGCGGGCUAAAAAUUAAACGAUUAGAAAAUUUACUUGAGGAAAGAUUUGCUAUGCAUAGGGAAGAAUUUGAUAGAAUUUUGAUGGUAUAUAAUGACAAGCUUAGUCAGGAAUAUGAGACUAUGCUAAGAGAAGAUGAAAUUUUAUUAAAGGCGACAGCGAUAGAUCAAAUUAAUGAUUUGCCUAGCGCAAUGAAGGCCAUCUCAACUAUUACUGCAGCAAAAGGUAUUUUGGAAAAAAAAUUAAGAAAUUCAGAAAGAAUUAUCAAAGGGCUAGAAAAUAAAAUUAGUAUCACCGUUGAAAAAAACAGGGAAUUAUUCCAGGAAAAUGCCCUAAUAAAAGAAGAUAUUAGUAAGCUAAAAAGUUGUUCUUUAUUAUUUGUAAAGAAAACCUACUUCAUUAAGGAGCACCAAGAUAUAUGCAGCAAAUUGGUUGACAAAGGAAAAUUCAAGAAACUUGAAUCUAAAUUACAAAAAGAAGAAUUUGAAGAGAAAAAAACUGUUGAAAAGCUCAUAGCUUUAUUCAAUGAUUUUCGUAGUGCUCUGUCAAGCAUGGCUUUGAAAUGUGACUAUGAAACAAAGCAAAAGCUUUUGAAAAUUAUUGAUUCUUAUAAGAUUGAUUCAACCCUUCAAGAGCAAGCUUGCAAACAGUUAGAAAAAAAUAAGCAAGCUGAGGCAAAAUUAAAAGCAGCUGCAUUUCAGAGAAACCCUAAAAGAAGAAGCACGGCUAAGCCAUCUAUUAGAAAUGCUUUAAAAGAAGAAAAACAAGUUAGUUAGUUAGUUAGUUAAAAAUAAACGACCAUAAGCGGUCGGUUACAAAACGCCAGUCUCUUUAUACCUCGAGUUUAAAGGAGGAAAAUAGAAGGAUACCAUUUAGAUUUCUGACUUGAGAAAUUUCCAAAGGAUUAGCUCCCUAGGACAGAGCCAUCUUCUGAACGAUGCCCUAAUGGUCCUGACAACGAAAACCGCAUGGUAGCAAAUCCUUUGCAACCAUCUAGCAUACAAGAAACCUUCGGGGAGAAACAAAACUUUCCUCUUCAGCAAGCCAUCCUAAACCGAAGGCCUAUCUUAAAAGUGACAGAGCAAUAUUUUUAGCUUCAUCGGGAUAGUCUACCAGCUCCAUUGGGAGUGCACCUGGAGGUCCUUCUUCUGUUAACCAUUUUAUUUCUGACUCCCCCCCUUUAAAUUUGAACAAAAUAUAGGUAAAAUUUCCACUUUUUUGGCAAAUUAACCCCCCUUUAAAUUGGAACAAAAUUUAAUUUUAUAAUAGAAAAUUAUAUAUAUAGUGAACUACACUGACUGGCACGGGGUGCUUUUGGCUCAGUUUCGAGCCAAAAGCACCCUGUGCGAAUCAGUGUAGUUAACUAUAUAAUUUUUAUGUAAAAAGUUUUGAUAUAAGUUAAAUGUUUCUUCUUAACUAAAAUUAAAAAUUUAGUUAUAUCUUGCUCUUUUUUAAAGAAGAGAGUAUAAAGAGCAUCUUAUUUAAAUAAAUUUAUUAUCCUUAAUUGCUAAAUUUUAAAAAAAAAAAUUAACCCCCCUUUAAAUUGAACAAAAUUUUUUGUUCCAAUUUAAAGGGGGGGAGUGAAAGGAAAAGCAAGGAAUGCUUGCUAUUGAAGAGAAAUCUGAAGAAAAAAGUGGAGCUGAAGGAAGAAGAAGGAACAAGACAGCUUACCAAAAAAGUGAUUUGGACCAAGUACCUGAAAAAAUUAUACCGCCGAAAAUAGAAAUUUUAGCUAUUGAGGAAAAUAAAAGAAAUAAAUCAGCAUCGCAAAGAGCAGAAACAGAUAGAAGUAGUGAAAUUUUUCGAAAUAAAUCUGUACCAAGCCAAAAAAUAGAAAAUACUGUUGAAGUCACCAGAUUGCCUAGUGCGAAGAAAAAGUCGCAAAUUUUUUUGACUGAAACCGAGAAAAUAUCGACUUUUCUAGAAAAUGAUAAAAGCGAUAAGGAAGAUAAAGAUAUUCUGUCUAAUUCUCUAGUUGAUUCGAAACAAGACAAUUUAAACUUACAGUCUAAAAGCAAAAAUCCAUCAGGAUUUCUUUUAAAAGAGCCAGAAACCCCAAUAAAAGCUAAGCAAGAAAUAAAAAUCAAUCUCGAACUUCCUCAAUCAACUACUGAAAUAAUUGAUAAACACCCAACUUCUCAGUCAACUGAAGCUACAUCUCGGUCUCGAGUUAAGCAUAAAAUUGAUUAUUCCUAUAACAACUCUUCUAAAUUAAUCCGACAGCAAACAUCAUCCAUCGUUAAAUCAUUCCAAGACUCGUUAUACCAAACCUUAUUCCAGCAUCAAGUAAAUUUUCAAUUGAAUAAAAAUGCGAAAUUGGAAGACUUAAUAAAUUAUCAAAUAGGAGAAAAUAUAAAAUUGAAAGAUUUACUGGUUUCAAAACUUAAAGAGCACUUUAGAGAUAAAUUCAGUGUUUUUACGCAGACAGACUCAGAGUCAAAGAUUAACGAUUUCUAUAACUCUUACGGACAUUUGAUUAAAGGAUUACUAUUAAAAGAAAAAAGGGAAAUGGGAGAAAAAAAUAAAGAUUCUUUUAAAAAAAUACUCCCAGUUUUAAAAAAAGUAUAUGAGCCAGAUGAAACUGAGGGAAAAAGAUUGCUUAAAGAUUGAAUAAAUGAAGAAACCACAAAAAUCAGCCUGGCUAUCAAAGAAUAUCGCGCUGAGUUUGAUAUAGAAACACAAUCUCUUGGAAUUAAAAAACUAGAAAACCCAGCCAAAAUCUGAGAAAGAGUAAUAGUUAGAAGAAUAAUGGAUGGGGUUGAUGAUUAUAUUACAAUAUUUUUAAGAGGGUAUUUAGGAACAGGGCUAUUCUAUGCCAAUAAAUCAACAAUUAUUUCUAUGCUUGAUAAAGAUGCGAGUAAUGAAUUAAUAUUAUUGAUCCGAAAAAUCCCAAUUCAAAUGCAAGAAUUGGAAUCGCCGAAACAUCGCAAAGCAAUUUCUACUCAAAUAAUCGAUAAGUGGGCUAGACUAAUCAAAAAAUCCAAAGAAAUAAUUGCAAGGAAGCUAGAAAAGUUUUAUGAUUUUGGAGACGAUUUGAGCUAUAAGUUUUAUAUUAUGGGCAAAUAUAUUCGAUAUGUAAAAUAUCGAGUUAAAAGAGUGAGAGAAAUGCCAUUGGAGCGAGAAGUCAGCCAAGAUCCAUUUACAACAAGUUUUUCAGGGCUUUAUAUGAGGGAAUAUUGAUAUUUGACACCUCAGAAUCAAACUCAGCGUCCUAGCUUUCUAAAGAACAGAUUAAUUCAAAGAAAAUUUCAUGAGUCACUUACACCAAGAAAUCGACUUCACAAAACUUUGUCUAAAUUAUAA